GAUACUGGCGGUUGUAGCAGUAAGUUCUGGCGUUGGACAGUGUCAACGAUCAUAAAGCUUUUUUCCUAAAUGUUUGUGUUAUUAGCUUUUAUAAUUGGAGAAUGUCAAAAAGACUGAGUGUGUUAAUAUAUAGUAAGAGGUCUAUAGUACAUAUUCAGAAUUGAUUAACUACCAUCUAAUCAGUAUCUCCGAUAGGCAAAAAAUACAUUUCCCAUAACGCCUGGUGUGCGCGUUCAAGCAGGAAGCGUUUUGAAUAGCCGAAAAAUACACAAUUGUGAACGCUCAGUGAAUGUCGGUAUCAAAGUAAAACCAACGGUCAAAUAACAUCCUCUUGACACAUCUGAUAGUCGACGCGUGAUUCAUUUUGCCGGUCAACUGUUUGAUUCGUUGAAUGUACUGACAAUUGUCAGCGAAAUGGAGCAUAUCCGAACCCCAAAGGUAGAGCAAGUGCGUAUGUUGGACCGAUUCAGUAACAAGUCCACCAGCGGUACGCUGCAUCUUACCGCGACACAUCUCAUCUUCGUGGAGAGCAACGCUGCUGUGACCACGGCCGCGCAGGAGAUCUGGAUCCUGCACCAUCACAUAGCGUCAGUAGAGAAACUGUCUUUGACCACCAACGGUUGUCCUCUGGUCAUCCAGUGCCGGAACUUCAGGGUGGUUCACUUUGUGGUCCAGAAAGAGAGGGACUGCCACGACAUCUACAGCUCACUGCUCAGACUGCUGCGGCCAGUGUCCUAUGAGGAGCUUUACGCAUUCUCCUACAACCCCAAGCAGAACGACCAGCAGAGGGAGGAGGGCUGGCAGCUCAUUGACCUGGGGGCGGAGUUUGAGAGGAUGGGAGUCCCCUGUGACCAAUGGCAGCUCACCGACGUCAACAGGGACUACAAGAUAUGUGAUACGUACCCCAGGGACCUGUAUGUGCCCAUCACAGCCAGCAAGCCCAUCAUUGUCGGGAGCUCCAAGUUCCGGAGCAAAGGGCGCUUCCCGGUCCUCACAUACUUCUAUCAGGAGAAGAAGGCGGCGGUGUGUCGGUGCAGCCAGCCUCUGUCUGGAUUCAGCGCACGGUGCCUGGAGGACGAGAGCAUGCUGCAGGCCAUCAGCAAAGCCAAUCACAACAGCCGAUUUGUCUACGUCAUGGAUACGAGGCCUAAGUUGAAUGCCAUGGCAAACCGAGCUGCGGGAAAAGGCUAUGAGAAUGAAGAUAACUACUCCAACAUCCGCUUUCAGUUUGUGGGCAUCGAGAACAUCCACGUGAUGAGAUCCAGCCUGCAGAAGCUACUGGAAGUGGUGGGGAGUCGUUCUCUGUCGGCGAGUGACUACCUGUUGGGCCUGGAGAGCAGUGGCUGGCUACGACACGUCAAGGCUGUGGUAGAUGCAGCCAUCUGCCUCACCAAGGCAGUGACGGUAGAGGGCGCCAGUGUGCUGGUCCACUGUUCAGACGGCUGGGACCGGACUGCCCAGGUCUGCUCCCUGGGAGCUUUGCUGAUGGACCCCUACUACCGCACCAUCAAAGGCUUCAUGGUCCUCAUUGAGAAAGACUGGAUCUCGUUCGGGCACAAGUUUGCGGACAGAUGUGACCAGUUGGACGGUGACCCUAAGGAGGUGUCCCCGGUCUUCACACAGUUCCUAGACUGUGUGUGGCAGCUCACUGAGCAGUUCCCUCAGGCCUUUGAGUUCAGUGAGUGGCUCCUGCUGCAGAUCCAUGAGCAUGUUCAUUCCUGUCAGUAUGGGAACCUCCUGGCCAACAACCAGAGGCAGAGAGAAGAGCUGCAGCUGAAAGACAGAACUCAUUCUCUAUGGGCGUUUCUGUUGAGUGAGCAGCAGAACUACGUAAACCCUGCUUACUGUCCUGGGCAUGCAGAGACACACCCUGUCUUGGAACCCUCCACCUUGCCCUGCCACUUCAAGUUCUGGAGGAACAUGUACCUCCAGUUUGAUCGGUCCAUGCACCCCCGUCAGUCUAUCCUGAAGAACGUUCUCACCCUGAAGGAGAACAACCGCCAACUUGAGGACACAGUGAAAGAACUGGAGGCUAGGCUGAAGGAACAUGGCAUCAGCCCCCCAACCCUGGUCCCCCAGGCCCCCUACAGAGGCCACCGCUGCUUCCCCACACGACCCCACUCUCUCAUUCUGGUAGCCCCCCUCAGCCAGAAGGAGGCCCAGCAGCGGCAGGAGGAGGAGGAAGAGGAGGAGGAGGAGGAGGUGGGAGAGGAGGCGACAGAAUGUUGCAUUGACACAGAGCGGACAGUAGAAGGCAGCAGUGGUACUGAGCGCAAGGAGAGCUACGGAGACCUGCAAGAGACAUACGGGGCCAAGGCAGAGCCGGCUGUGGUCAGCCUGGAGUUUGGAGUGGCCCGCAUGACCUGCUGAGGCAUUGUGGGAUACUGGAGAACUGGAGGAGAGGGAGGGUUAUUGGACUAGUGGAGUGGAGAAAGAGGUGGCUAAUGAAGGACGAGUCUGUGUUUGUGUCUGUCUGUGUGUGUGCGUGCGUGCGUGUUUGUGGGU